UCCCAAUUCAAAGAAUGUACUAAAUCACACGUGAUAGAUAUGCCUCCCACUGAGUUCAACAGGACAGCUCUUGAUGCAUGGUUGGAGUAUGUGUUUAAACACAACGUCUCUUGGGAUUUCAUCCCAGAGGCCACUUAUAAUGUUGUGUCUGCUGGUGCAAACUCCCCAAAAGAUAGUCAUAACUUCUACCAGGUGUAUGGGUCACCAAAAUCUCAAAAUGGUGGCUCUGAUUGGCAGCUGUACAUCUAUUUGUUCAUUAUGUCUAUCCUGUCUGUCAUGGGGAUCAUUGUUGGCUGUGUUGUCUUCAAAUUCUUUGUUGCUACUAGUGAUCAAACAGGAAAACAAACUGAAGUCAUCCAAGACAAAGAAAAACAGAAGUAUCCUCAUCUUGAGAGACUCUCUGGGGAGCCCAACAAGGCGAGAUUCAAUAAUUAUGUGACAACUGAUGUUUGUGCAUCUGCAGUUAAAGGAUGAGCUGGGUGCACUGAGAUCAACAUGUUUUGUGAAGAGACGCAAGGUUGGCUCAAGAUAAACACAUUUAUGGAUUU